AUGGACAGUGGUAAACAGUUAAAAGUGGCCAUCCUUUGGAAUCUUCCUUUCCUUUUCAAGUUCUGCAUGGGCGGGUAUACGACAGCUGACUACAAAGAUGCCUACUCCAACGACACCUUUGACUACAGUGACUUUGAGGAGGUCUGCCGGAAGGAUGAGAUCCGGAGAUUCCGUGCUACCUUCUUACCCACCAUAUACUCGCUUGUGUGCUUUGUGGGCCUGGCCGGCAAUGGCCUGGUCAUGUUGACCUACAUCUACUUCAAGAGGCUCAAGACCAUGACUGAUAUCUACCUACUCAACCUUGCCUUAGCAGACAUCCUCUUCCUGCUGACUCUCCCUUUCUGGGCUGUAAGUGCAGCCAAAUACUGGGUCUUCAAGGAGUUUGCUUGCAAGGCUGUCCACUGCAUCUGCCAGAUGAGCUUCUUUAGUGGCAUGUUGCUGCUUCUCUCCAUCAGCAUCGACAGGUAUUUCGCCAUAGUCCAGGCUCCCUCAGCCCACCGCCUCCGCUCCCAGAGGAUGCUUGCCAGCAAGGUCACCUGCCUCUCCAUUUGGAUACUGGCUUUCAUCCUUUCUGUCCCUGAGGCAGUCCACAGGGGCGUGUACGAGUCUGAUUCCCAGAAGCCACGCUGUACCCUCAAAACGAACAACUUGCUGGAGUUCAGUACUGCCCUCAGGUUAUGUCAGAUGCUCUUUGGCUUCUUGGUGCCUCUCCUGGUGAUGACCUUCUGCUACUGGAUCAUCAUCAGGACCUUGCUGCAAGCGCGCAGCUUUGAGAAGAACCGAGCCAUCAAGGUCCUCAUUGCCGUCAUGGUGGCCUUUGUCAUCUUCCAGCUGCCCUACAAUAGCAUCAUACUUGCUGAGACCAUCUCGUCCUUCAACAACACCACUGGCCAAUGUGAAGCGAUCAAGCGCCUGGAUGUAGCCAAUGAUGUGACAUACAGCCUGGCCUGCUUCCGCUGCUGUCUCAACCCCUUCCUGUAUGCUUUCAUAGGCAUCAAGUUCCGUAAUGAUGUUCUCCGGCUCCUUAAGGACCUGGGCUGCCUCAGCCAAGCACAGCUCUGGCGAAUGUCAACAUACCGGGAGAACAACAGAUGCUCCAUUGCCACUGAAACCGAGACCACCACCACUUUCUCCCCAUGAGCUGCUUUGAGCAGUAGGGCAGGAAUGUUGGGCUGCCAGUGAAACAGAUGUCACACGACCAUAUUCUCCAUCGGCCAGCAUCAGGAAUCAAACCAGGAACCUCUGAAUCUCACCAAGCAGGUAUGUUGCCAAGUACCGGAAGAGGUCAAAAUACCACACCAUCCUGUCACCCCUCCAGAAAUCAACUCACAUAAUUGAGAUUGUGUGCCAUGAAGCAAAGAGAACGGGACUGCACAGAGUUCUUUGCAGCUCUCAAGUCAGUGAACUGAGCCAUGAGA